AUGAAACCUAAGGCCCCUAUUCACGACAACGUCAGGACGGCCUUGGAACUAGCCGAGUCUAGUGAAUGGAGUGCGCUACAUCGCCUUGUCACAGCACAAGCCGAGCGUGCUGAUGACAUGGAUGACUUUGGCAUGAUGCCAUUGCACUGGGCUUGCACGGACACGCACGUGCCGUUGCGUGUCGUUAAGAAACUCGUAGACGUGGCCCCGUCUGCUUUGAGUCAUAAAAACAAAGGCGGUUUGCUACCACUGCACAUUGCCGUUAAGGCAGCGACUAAAUUAGAGGUACUGCGCACACUCGUGCAGGCAGCGCCUGACGUGGCCACGUGUCUUUUUGAAGAGACGCCAACGGGAGAGACGCCUGCUGAACUGGCUAGAGCGUAUCAACUUACGGACGAUAAAGUGAGCUUCUUAGUAGAGGAAGAGGCAAAGCUUCGAGCAGAAGGCAAGGCGCCGGACCGUCCGAGUGCUCGAUUCCAAGCCUUUUUGAACCAACCAGGAGGCUUUCCUCUUUCAUCGGACGACACGGCGAGUGUCAGCAGCGUAAGGAGGAUUCCUUCUACGCUCGGAAGCAACAGGGGAGGAGCUACGAUACUUGACGAAUGGGCAAGCAGCAGAACGGCAUCUAGCUCGUUUAGCAGUGCACUGAGACUACCCGAUGGAUUGGCAGAUGUUCCGUUGCCACCACGUUGGCGAUUGGAUAAGAGAUGCAACAUUUGUCAGCUAAAGUUCAGCUACUUUAAGACACGCCAUCAUUGCCGCUCGUGUGGUGAGUCGGUGUGUAGCACGCACUCGAACAAACGUUAUCCGCUACAUCAUUUGGGACUCAAGACCCCGCAGCGCGUAUGUAUCUUGUGCUACGAUGAUUUGCGGGAGAAUGGUACACCCUCCGCAGUUGUUAACAUGUAUGGACAUGGACGUCACAGUGGCUUGCCGUCGAUAGAAUCUAAUAUGAUGCGAAAGGAAUUAGCGCAACAUCCUGACUACCAAAAAGGAGCAGGUCGACCGCCACUGCGUUCCAUCAAUAGCACCGUGUCGCUGACUGAUACAUCGUCAAGUAGUCGUGACUCGGCGCUCCAGUGCCAGUCGGAUACCGACCACUACAUACAUAAUUCGAACACUCCACACUGCGGUACUCUGGACAACAGACGCACAGAAGCCACCGACAACAGUGAUGAUCACAACCCAAUUUUGACGACGGAUUUGCCUUUUGAAGACGAUUCUUGGGGUCGUCCACGUGCCUGGACAGACGUUGACUCAACUGAGAAAUAUCAGGACAUGCAGGAGCAAGUGCGCGAGCUGGAGUCGCAUGUGCACGAGCUUACGUUGGCUAAGUCUCGUAUUGAAAAGAAACUUGAAGAUGCAACCCGAAUGGCUGCAGAGGCUAAGAAGGAGCGAAGCGCAGUGGAUGCGGACGUAGCUGAGCUUCGCAGCAAUCGGAUUAUUGAUAUUAAUCGUCUUUCAUUAGGUGACGACGAAGAAGACGAAGAGAACCAGGGGAAGACGGAUGAUUAUGAUAUUGCGCAAGAGAAGAAGCGUGGGCUUUCGGUGCAAGUUGAAAAGAAGAUUGAGUUGAUCGAAGACAAGGAAGUGAACAUUGCGGAGACAUGCAAUUACUUAGGACAGGUUUUCCUUGAUCGCGAGGAGUAUACUAGCGCUGUUGUGGAAUUCCGCAAGUCAGUGGAGGCUAACCGAAAAGACGUGGACGCAUGGAUCAACCUGGCGCGCGCCCUCCACAGUGCUGGCGAGUUUUACGAUGCGGAAAUUGCUAUCCGGCGCGCUUUGGCUUUGACUCCUGAAAAUUACGCAUCACUUUCGGUACUGGGCAAGAUCCUACAUUCAAAGGGAGAACAUGACAGAGCUGUCGAGAUGUUCCGUGAGGCGUUAAGCCUGAUGGACCAGGAGGAAAUGUCUGAUGAUGAUGUCGGUUCGAUGACCGUUGGCUGGUAA